AUGUGGAAAUACCUGCCUAAGCAAGCCAAACAUGGAAGAACCAUAAAAAGACUUAGCGUUCUCCAGUUUGUUAUCAAUGAUCGGCUCAGGUUAUAUUCUACGUUCGAAGAACAUAGUAUUUGGAGAACGCCAUUCAGAAAAAGAAGCAAGUUCCAGAAAUGGACUUUGUCGAUAGCUAUAGUAAGUUUUGUUUCAUUUAACAUAUGGUGGGUCUUUUGGCCACAUCACACCUUCCCCAAGCCUGUGGCUAAGAUAUUAAGGAAGGGGUUACAUGCAGAAAUUGAAAAAGAAGGUGCUGAUUACAGAAAAAGCCUUCAUUACUACCUUGAAGCUUUAGAAGAAUGCAAGGUUGAGAACGUGCAUCCUCUAUCGGACGAGUACACUGGUAUCGAAAUUAAGAUCGGAGAAAUGUAUGAGAAGUUGGAUUCACUUAACGAUGCGGUCACUUUGUAUGAAGGCAUGUUAAAAAGGUUCUACAAUGAACUCAGCAAGCCUACCAAUAUCUUACCGAUGAGGAAAACCUUGUUAUUCAAAAGGGACCUCCAAAUUUUGAUAAGAUACAUUGAAGUAAACAAGAGCUCUGAAAUGAACAUAAGUUUACUGAUAAUGCACCUUCUAUUGGCACAAAAAUAUUUUAUGGAUGGCUCACCAGAACUCAAAGAAAUCUGUCAGAAAUCCGAAAUUCAAGACCAUCAGCAGCUUGACUGGAGAAAUUUCAAAGGACUGCCAUUAAUUGGCAAAUCCAAAGCUCAGUAUCAAACAUAUUUGAGCUCAAAAAGCAAACAAGUUCUAAACAUAAAGGAGCCCGAAAACAGUCAAAAUGUCUUUGUAAAGGAGCUGUUAACUGCAAGAGAGCUAUACACUCAGUAUUGCCUCACGAAAAACAAUCUUACAGGGGCCUUGAAUAGCAAAAUAACAACAUUCGAAUGGAUGCUACUGACAGAUAGGCCUCUUGAUGAAGUCUUGCUCGCGCAGGCAGAACUGGGUUCAAUAUUUUAUCUGAACUCAGAGAAGUUCGAAGGAAGUGUAUAUAGUAUUAGUAAUGAACUACACAGAGGACCUGAAGAUAAAGAACACACCAAAUCUAAGUUGCAAAGUAAUCAAGAAGCUUGCUUACAAUAUUCGGCUGAUUGCUAUAAAAGCAUUAUUGGUUUUGCUCAUGAAAACCAAUAUCCACAGAACGCAACGGAUAGCGAAACAGACCAAAAAAUACUCAAGGCACUAUCUCUUUCCCAUUACGGGCUAGGUGUGAUAAAUUUGCAUAAGGGACGGCUGAAGGCCUCUAAGAAGCAACUAAAAAGGGCUAUUCGCAUUUCAGAAAUGAUACAUUUCAACGAACUUAUUAAAGAAGCUAAUUGUGAAAUCAAAAAGGGUAGCGAUAUAGUUGUGUAA